AUGCUAGGCCACACUGUGUUGCACGUGGCACGCCGCCUCCUGCACCCCUUCGGGAAAGCCUCCCUGCCUCCUCCCCGCCCUGCCCCCCACCCCGCGUGCUCCACCCAUCCGAGGCGAGGAGGCCGCGCCUCAGCGAAGCAGCUGCAGGUGCUCCGGGCUAUCCGAGCUAUCCUGGCAGCCCAGUUCCUGAGGAAGAUGGCCGACCCCCAGUCCAUCCAGGAAUCGCAGAACCUCUCCAUGUUCCUGGCCAACCACAACCGCAUCACCCAGUGUCUCCACCAGCAACUGGAGGUGAUCCCGGGCUACGAGGAGCUGCUGGCCGACAUCGUGAACAUCUGCGUGGAUUACUACAAGAACAAGAUGUACCUGACGCCCAGCGAGAAGCACAUGCUGCUCAAAGUGAUGGGCUUCGGCCUCUAUCUGAUGGAUGGGAACGUCAACAACAUUUACAAGCUGGAUGCCAAGAAGAGAAUCAACCUUAGCAAAAUCGACAAGUUCUUCAAGCAGCUGCAGGUGGUGCCUCUGUUCGGGGACAUGCAGAUCGAGCUGGCCAGAUACAUUAAGACCAGUGCUCACUACGAGGAGAACAAAUCCAAGAGGACCUGCACCCAAAGCAGCAUCAGCCCCCAGUACAACAUCUGCAAACAGAUGGUGCAGAUCCGGGACGACCACAUCCGCUUCAUCUCCGAGCUGGCCCGCUACAGCAACAGCGAGGUGGUGACCGGCUCGGGGCUGGACAGCCAGAAGUCGGACGAGGAGUACCGGGAGCUCUUCGACCUGGCGCUGCGGGGCCUGAAGCUCCUAUCCAAGUGGAGUGCCCACGUCAUGGAGGUGUACUCUUGGAAGCUGGUUCACCCCACAGACAAGUUCUGCAACAAGGACUGCCCGGGCACGGCGGAGGAAUACGAGAGAGCCACGCGCUACAACUACACCAGUGAGGAGAAGUUCGCCUUCGUGGAGGUGAUCGCCAUGAUCAAAGGCCUGCAGGUGCUCAUGGGCCGCAUGGAGAGCGUGUUCAACCAGGCGAUCCGGAACACCAUCUACGCCGCCCUGCAGGACUUCGCGCAGGUGACCCUGCGGGAGCCGCUCAGGCAAGGCGUGCACAAGAAGAAGAACGUCCUCAUCAGGCCUGCCAGUGGUCCCCGAGGGCUUUGUUUCACCCCACUGGUGGCACACAGGGCCGAAGAGGCUGCCGAUCCCUGGUAUUACGGCCUGCUGGCGGGGUUGGGUCGGCUGUACAUGGUGCGCACCAUGCUCGAGUCGCUCAUCGCGGACAAGAGCGGCUCCAAGAAGACCCUGCGGAGCAGCCUAGACGGCCCCAUUGUGCUGGCCAUGGAGGAUUUCCACAAGCAGUCCUUCUUCUUCACCCAUCUGCUCAACAUCAGCGGCCGGCUCCCACCGCCGUCCUCUAUGCCUCGUGCUUGGGUGGAAGCCAGCACCCCCGGCUUCCUGGUUGAGAUGAGCCCUGUGUUCACGGAAGCGCUGCAGCAGUGCUGUGACCUCUCCCAGCUCUGGUUCCUAGAGUUCUUCCUGGAGCUCACCAUGGGCCGGCGCAUCCAGUUCCCCAUCGAGAUGUCCAUGCCUUGGAUUCUGACAGACCACAUCCUGGAGACCAAGGAGCCUUCCAUGAUGGAGUACGUCCUCUACCCGCUGGACCUGUAUAACGACAGCGCCUACUACGCGCUGACCAAGUUCAAGAAGCAGUUCCUGUACGACGAGAUCGAGGCCGAGGCGAGUGACGAGCCACGCCCCCUUGUCAUCGCUGUCAUCAUCAUCAUCACUGUGAACCUGUGUUUUGAUCAGUUUGUCUACAAGCUGGCGGACCAGAUCUUUGCCUACUACAAGGCCAUGGCGGGCAGCUUCCUCUUGGACAAACGCUUCCAGGCCGAGUGUAAGAAUUACGGCGUCAUCAUCCCGUACCCGCCCUCCAACCACUACGAGACGCUGCUGAAGCAGAGACACGUGCAGGAGCUUGAUCUCAAGGCCUCAGUCCCUCCCUUGGCACUCUACCCAUGA